ACAAAAUCAAAAUUUCUCACUCCUCACAUCCAAAUUUCGCUCAGAUUGCAAUCUAAUCACUUAUUUCUUCACGCAUUUGCUUCGAUCUUGCUGGAUUUCAAUUCCAGUCUCGCUCUUGUUCGAUCUCGAUCUCGAUCUCAUCUCGAUCUCGAUCUCAUCUCGAUCUCGAUCUCGCUCUUGCUCUCGCUCGAUAUCGAUUCUCGAUGGAGCCAGCAAGUUCAACUUCACCGUGCAGAAUGACGGUGGUCAAGUCACGCUCAAGACCAAGAUUGUUACUGCCAAGAUCACUGUCACGCUCAUUGACGAAGACCCGCUCGCGAUCUACACCAUUGAUAAGGUUCUGCUUCCGAGGGAGCUUUUCAAGGCCCUGGCUCCGUCUCCUUCGCCCGCGCCCGCACCGGAGCCAGCCGCCGUGGACGCUCCUGCAUCCCCGAAGAAAGAGGGAAAGAAGAAGAAGCAGAAGGCAGCCGACGCGCCGGCAGAUGAGGAAUCAGCGCCUGCGGAUUCGCCCAGUGAUGCCGCCGAUGACAGCGCUGACGACGGUAACGGCGCUGUUAGGUUUGACGACGUCAGGGAGGAGAAUGGUGCAAUGAUGUAUCUACUUGCCUUCAACGCAAGGACACUCGCUUAGGUUCAUCCAAACAAAUGGAUACGCAGUCUGGCUUUAAUGGAAUACUUAACAACCAACAAGUUUAUAAUCCAGAUUUCUACAACUGGAACAGAAUCAAGAUUAGGUACUGUAACGGAUCAUCAUUUACUGGUGAUGUGGAAGAAGUUGAUCUAACAACCAAUCUGCACUUUCGAGGAGCAAGAAUUUUUGAAGCAGUCAUUAAGCAUUUACUUGCAAAAGGAAUGGAGAAUGCUAAAAAUGGUAUUCUAUCUGGAUGCUCUGCUGGAGGAUUGGCUGCUAUAUUGAACUACGAUCGCUUCAAAUCCUUCCUACCAAAUGGCGCUAGAGUGAAAUGCGUGCCAGAUGCCGGCUAUUUUAUCCAUAUGGAUCAGCAAAGUAUUUGUCUAAGUCCUGCACUUCAAAAUAUGGUGCUGGCUUGGUUCUGCUGGGGAUAUGGGUGCCGGAAAAUCCAGCCUCGUUUUGCCGGAAUGGUCCCAGUUCAAUGGGGAGUGUAUGUUUACAAGGAAGAAACAAGCAUGAAAGGUAUCUGCUUUAGUGGGUCGCAACAAUUCGGGUUGGAGAAUAUACCUCGUAGUCCAGGGAGUUUGACAAAGAAGAGAUUAUCUUCUGCUGAGGACAUGUUGCAAUAUAAUGAGUUGACAAGGAGUCAAGCAAGUACCAGUACCAUGAGAAAAUUUUUAUUUUUAUGGCCUUGUGGAAAUUUGUUCUGCAGAAAUUGGUGGUAUUUCCUCUCAAACUUCAGAAUUUGUGGCUUUUGAACAAUUAUAUGGGGAAUUGUUUGGAUAAGGAUCUGUAGUUGUUUAGGUUAGACGGAUAAAAAGCAAGAAUGGGGACAAAAAAUAGUAGGAUGCAACAACUGAUGAAAAACUAUGGAAGAAUUAGAAAGGGAGGUGAAUGGUUGGAAAGUGGAAACUUUACUUGGGAUUCCAGAUCACCAGCAGAGAAAAAUGGUUGAUCUUGAUUGGUAUUGCUCCUAGUUCUUCUGAGGUAUAGUGCCUUGCAUGUGUUACAAAGCAAUAUAUCACAUCAUCAGAAGAUACACUCAAGGAUUUCGAACUGCAAGAUUACAUUGAAAAACAAAAGUCUACUUUAAGAUGAUUGAUAAAUUGAACUUAUGGAAGAGGAAUUUGAAGCAGUUGAUGAACCUGAUGAAGUGAAAAAUACGUGAUCAAAGUGUAGCAGAUAGAAAGUUGUUCUUUGUUUAACUAGUUGUAUAAUAAUGAUACAACAAUUUUCUAAACAAUGUAGCCUCACCCCUCUAACAAAAUAUAGGAUUCUUGUAUUAUUUAU